GAUACAGUCUGCACUUGGCGAAUGGGUCAGUGACCUGGAGUCAAACUGUGUACUUAACCGGCAGCGGACUGCACUCACUCACAGGCAACUGCUAGCAAGCGGCCGUCUCUUUUCCACUGAUUCAUUCAUUUUCCUGUUGCUUCGAUGCGUCCCGGGGGUCGGAUCUGGUCACUGCCUGGCAACUUUUACAAAUGCAAUGUGAAUUGAAAGAACUUCCCACUGGACAGGUAGAAAACAGUGAAAUGGAUGGAGAGAUCCUGGAGGUGAAGGAUAUGGUGCAAGGUGAUAAAGGGCAGCAGAACUUCCUCGUCGAUCUGUACAAGUUUAUGAAGGAGAGGGGCACUCCCAUUGAGAGAAUCCCACACCUGGGCUUUAAACAAGUUAACCUGUUGACACUCUACAAGGCAGUUGAGAAGCUGGGUGGUUACGAAGCGGUUACAACCAGCCGCCUCUGGAAGAACAUCUAUGACGAGCUGGGUGGAAACCCUGGGAGUACUAGUGCUGCCACAUGUACCCGCCGGCACUAUGAGAGACUGGUUUUACCGUAUGAGCGUUACAUUAAGGGAGAAGAGGACAAGCCACUGCCAACCUUCAAGCCUCGGAAACCAUACAAUGUCAUGAAGAACAAGGAAGGCAAAGUAUCUAGUAAUGAGCAGAAGGAAAGAAGCAAACGGAAACGUCCAAACGACAACAUGCAACAAAGCAGUGAGACAGAUAGGAUGGUUCCUCAAGUAGUUUCUGAAGAUGUAGGAGGGGAUAAGAAAAAGCAUACAUCUGUGGACAAGGAGUCGCCAUUCCUGAAAAACACUACAACUGGGAGUGAAGACUCCAACAACCAGCCACUUAACAUACUCACACCACAGGAUAGCUGUGGGCACAAGUCUCCAAAUCAAAAUGCAAUAACAGCCGCUGAAAGACCCACACAAAAUAGGAUCUCGGAAGAGGUCUGGGACACCAAGGAUUCUUUUUCAGAAUCAGUUUCCAGGGCAGUGAUGGGCAACAAGAUUGUGGACCAUAAUGGACACUGCGUCACUGUUGAUGUGUCAGAAGAGAUAGUCCGAGGACACACUGCCAAUAGUAAAGAUGACAGGACUGGUUCACACCAGGCUCCAGCAAUGUCAGCCAGCCAGGACAGCCUUCCAGUGCCAUUACCACCUGAGGCAGAUAAAAGCCACAUGGCAAUCUUGCGCCACAAGAGAGAUCAGGAGAUAAUGUCACCUUUGGCCAAGAAAAAAUUCCUCGCACAAGGCAGUGAAGCAACAUCUCUCAGCUUUAACGCUGUAGGCAUCUCAUCAUCCUCAGCUGCAGUCAAGUCGGUACAGGGUAGUGAGCCUCCAGUCUCUUGCUCCCCACCAGAAGCAAGCAUUCAUAGACCAUCUGUCAUUCAUCACAUUCAACCCCCAAUACAGGCCCACCUAGAUUACCGCUCCGAGUGGUCCUUCAACAAUAAUCUGGCCAAAUAUCAGCUUUACCCCUUGGAUCAGAUCUCUUCAACUAAUGGUCAAGGGGCACAGGAAGAACGGGAUCGAAAAGGUAGGGCAGUUGAGCAUUCCCAUCCCCUUCAGUGCUAUGGGAAUUUUUGUUGCAGCCCAUAUAUGCAUGGUCUGGUGAAACCCUUUCUCCAUUACCCCAGCAAAGGGUCACCUUUUGGUUGCUGUUCUAAUCAGAGAAGCUUCAGAGAGUUGAACAGCAGUGCAGUCCCAACGCUGACAACAGCGGCGUACAAGACAGCAAGGCACUAUGACAGGACACUCGCCCCACAUGAUCAGCCAACGGAUCUCAGCCUCCCACGAGCUAGUUCAGCCAACUCGCCCCAGACCCAGGUCUCCUGGGUCACAGAGACCAAGAACAGCACCUCACCACUGAGUAAGAGCUCAUUUAGUGGCCACACCUCACCAUCCUCUUCUGAUGGCCGGCCCAAAGCCUGCUGGGUCCCACCCAUGAGUGUCACCCUCCCCCGGCGAGUUCCAGCCAAACGAGCAAAGAGUGCUGGGCUACUGAUCAAUGCCAAGAGUGGGCCUCCCAAUUGCCAACUUGCCCAGCCGACACAGAGAACGCAGAAGGAGCUGGAUGCAGCUUAUGGGAAGAAACUUCGCAUCGUCUCUCCUCUACAUGUUACCAAGCAUCCAGAUAUCAAGGAGAGCCAGAGGAUCUGUGAUAGUAAGACAAUGAGCAAUGAGCAAAAGUCCUCACUACCUGAAGUUUCUACCUGGUUGCCUACAACACUGACGCCUCAGGAACCUACCUUGUAUGACAGAGCAGGGGCAUAUUUGCCAGGCAACUAUGCUCAUCACUUGAGCCAUGUUAAGAAUCCAGCCCUCUACUCCCCACUCAUCCCCAGGCUAACUAUAAAUUCCUUCAUGAUCCCAGCUAUUCAGGGACCAGUGCUGAGUUCCCCUGGCCAUCCUCUAGAUCUGUACAAACACUUAACCAUGGGCACGUCCUAUGAAAACCUUCUCCAUCACAGACUGUACCCGAAUCCUCCCCUGUCCUCUUUCCACGCAGGCCACAAACUAUAGCCACUUGAUCUCUGGUGUGAAGAUAAUUGUCCUCCACCACCUUCCCAACUGUUGUCAUUCCUCCUGUUGAAGACACACAAGGACUUGUUAUGGUGAGCCAGAGUAGAGUUGGUAAUGAAUGAGACAGGCACAUAUGAAUGGAACCUUUGAACAGGAUAAACUGGAGCAUCUCAUAAGCUCCAAUGUGACAGCCAAUGGGGCAUGCACAUUUUCCCAUCUGGGCAGAAUCCCAAAACAUUGGUGCUCAUCAGCACUUUGUGAAAGAUUUUGAAAAUUUUAAGUGGACCAAUCGGGCCACACUUUGUUGUUGGUGAUAUUGUUUGAUUCAACAAGAGCUCACUUCAGUGUUAAAGAGGCCUUUCACUUUUGAACUCUGUGAAGAUUGGAAGAAGCUGUGUUUUCUUCAUGCAAAAAGAUUGAUGGGACUUCAACUGGUCGACAACUUGACAGACUGAGAUCUUUGCCAUGGGGCUUAAUAGAAUCAGAAAAGGGUCUCCUGAACCAAAUUCAGCAAUUCCUCUGUACAUAAUCCUUGCAUAUAUGAAGUAAAAAUGUCUGGAGUCAAAGAAGGGUUUACGUUUGUUGGAUUUUGAUACACUGCGUGAAGGAACCCGACUCUGAUGUGAUUUACGAUUGCCAAAUCUCAAGGUAGACUGUUCACAAAACAGGGACUUCUGUGAAGAUUUUUUAAUAUAUAAUAAGGAUUUCAAAUAAUACAUUAUUUUGUGUGGAUAUGAGUAAAACAACUCCCAACUGGUUAAAUGCAUGAUUGAUAUACAUGUCGAACCUCUAGUGAUAUUUAUUCCCUGAAUUAACAUCACUGGAACAGAUUUUUCUUCUUCAUUCUUUAAUGGGAUCUGAGGAAGGCAGAUGUGAGUCAAACAGAUUGCUGUGGGUCUGAAGUCACAUGUAGGUCAGACCAGGAAUUGCAGCUUUCCUUCCAUAAAGGACAUGAGUAAAUUAGAUAGAUUUUCACAACGAUUAAUGUUUCAUGAUCAUUGUUUGACUGAGACCAACUUUAUAAUUCCAAAUGUAUUCAUUGAAUGUAAAAUUCACCAGCUGGUAUGGUGAGAUUAGAACCCACAUCCCCAAACUGGGCCCCUGGACGACUCGGCCAGUGACAUUACCACUACUUUUCCCUACUCCCCUUCAAUUCUUUGGCCAGCCAUCAUUUGUGGAUGCCUGCUUUAUGUAAAUUGCCUGCAAGGUUUCUUAUUUUAGAAUUGACGACAUAUCAGUGGCUGUUAAGUGUUUUCAGACUUUCUGUUGGGAAUGAGACUGUUGUCUUGUCUCUCUCUUUCUCUCACUUUGUUUUUUUCCCAGCCAAUUGCAAGACUGCGGGCAGUAGGUAAGAGGACGGAAGGGUCCCAGCCCGAAAUAUCGACGUUACUGCUCUUCUGAUGCUGCCUGACCUGCUGCAUUCCUUCAGCUCCACACUGUAUCGAUUCUGACUUCCUGCAUCUGCAGUUCUUGCUAUCUCCAAGAGGAGGGAUGGGAUAGAUUGCUGGCAUGGGAAGAGGGAUUUACCUGUGUUGUGUCUGUGCCAGGGUGUGGGCACGUGUUCAUUGCCCUGAUGGGUGCGUGAUUUUCAAAUUAAGGGCACCACCUGUUAUUGGAUCUCUUCAGUUGCAAGCAACUUUUAAAAUUCUCUCUCAUGAACACGUUUGUGGAAAAUCUUAGUUAAUCACAAGUCCUUCUACCUGUACAAUGGUUUAGUGGCAGAUUGUUGUCUCUCUCCGUCUCGUGAUUUCUAAAUUCAGUGGCUGAACUGAAAAUUCAUUGUAUCAUAGUUUCUGAAUUGGAGCAGGGUCUCCAAGUCCAUUUUAUC